CAGCCUCUUCGAAUGUAAUAGGGCAGGAGAUGGAUUGUGAGGAGGAUUGUGAGGAGGAUUGUGAGGAGGAUUGUGAGGAGUUACAGAGAUUCUAGCGGACUGAUUGCGGAACACAUCUGCGUGAUUUGUAAUUGCAUGACCCAUGUUGUGGAACGAAGGCUGCAGCACCACCCAUUUAGCCGGAACCUAGGGCAUGGUGGCACUGCGCUGUCCCAGAGUGCCUCCUGAAUUGUGUGUCGUAGAGGAGAGUCGACAAUGGAAUAGAAAUUUGGAUGGUAGAUGUGAUUUCCGAUUCGUCCUGAGUGGCACAGUAACGUGCAGUAAGUAAAGUGAUGUUCUCGCUGGGUUGUUGUGGAUUGCGGUGCGGGAGGAUUUCUAAAGCAGUCUAGGGGUCUGGGAAAUCGAAGGGCUUCUUCAAAAUGGUGUCGAAAGCUGAAGCAGCAAUUUGCGGCAGGGACUGACGAAUAUUGGUUUGUGGCAGAGAGUGUGGCAAAGCGAAUUUGGUGGAAGAAAAGGAACUGACAGCGUAAGAACGAGAAUCAGCUCUUUCGGACAAGAUGGUGAAUGCCAUCAAGGGGAUCCUGGUCACCUGUGACAUUCCGAUGGCGCAGCUUCUUAUCAGCAUAAAUGAUUCCAUGCCCAAUGCGCACAAAUUCAUCGUAUACAUGCUCGAUGACACUCACAUCUACGUGCAACCGGAUGUUGGGAAGAUGCUCCAAAGCAAGUUGCAAGAAUUUAGGGAUCAGAACACUUACGAAAAGCCUUUUGGGACUUCUUAACUAAAGAGGAAAGCUUAUCUGCCGGUCAUUCUUAUCCGUAAUCCUUCUGUGUGCUGCAAAGCAGAUGCUCAUUCUUCUGUGCCUAUUUUUUAAGAUUUCGCCACGUCGUAAUUGGCGCUGUGUUCUUGGAAAAAGAACAGGAUAAUUCUACUUCGUGUUUGAUCCCUGCUUAACUGCAGAUGAGUUGACCUAGGCGUGCCUUCCGAGGUCGUUUACAGUUAAAAUUUCAUGGAUUACAAGGUCGUUUUAGAUCAAGAUACUACACCUAAGUCUUUGUUUUCUUGAACAGUUAAAGCUUCAUGGUUUUGACGUAAAGUUCCGAUGCUUUUAUGAAUGUCUGGCGAAGCAAAAUCUACACGAAUGUCAAUACUUUUGGUGCC